AUGGACCUCAUCAUGGACCUCAUCAUGGACCUCAUCAGGGACCUCAUGAACCUCAUCAGGGACCUCAUCAUGGACCUCAUCAUGGACCUCAUCAGGGACAUCAUGAACCUCAUCAUGGACCUCAUCAGGGACCUCAUGAACCUCAUCAGGGACCUCAUCAUGGACCUCAUCAUGAACCUCAUCAUAGACCUCAUCAUGGACCUCAUGAUGAACCUCAUAAUGAACCUCAUCGUGAACCUCAUCACGGACCUCAUCAUGGACUUCAUCAUGGACCUCAUCAUGCACUUCAUCAUGAACCUCAUCAAGAACCUCAUCAUGGACCUCAUCAUGAACCUCAUCAGGGACCUCAUAAACCUCAUCAUGGACCUCAUCAUGGACCUCAUCAUGAACCUCAUCAGGGACCUAAUAAACCUCAUCAUGGACCUCAUCAUGAACCUCAUCAGGGACCUCAUGAACUUCAUCAUGGACCUCAUCAUGAACCUCAUGAACCUCAUCAUGGACUUCAUCAUGGAUCCCAUCAUGAACCUCAUCAUGGACCUCAUCAUUAAUCUCAUCAUGGACCUCAUCAUGACCUUAACAUCGACCUCAUGA